AUGACUUCUCAGCCUUCAGAGAUCAGCAAUAGCUGUAUGACAAUGGAGUGUUUGACCCACAUGAUGGAAAGGAGAGCUUGGUGUUCUCAGGACUAUUUCCUUUCCAAGGAAGAAGAGGAUACAACCAGAUCUCUUGUGACAGUGACAUUUAAAGAUGUGGCUGUGGACCUCACCAAGGAGGAGUGGCAGCAAAUGAAACCUGCUGAGAGGAUCUUGUACCGGGAUGUGAUGUUGGAGAACUAUAGCAACCUAGUCACAGUGGGCUGUCAAGUCACCAAACCAGCUGUGAUAUUUAAGUUGGAGCAAGAAGAAGAGCCAUGGGUGAUGGAGGAAGAAAUGUUUGGAAGGCACUGUCCAGAAGUUUGGGAAGUUGAUGAACAGAUCAAGAAGCAACAGGAAACACUUGUGAGGACAAUCACACCCAUCUCCAAGAAAACUCUGAUUAAGGAAAAAAUCAUUGAAUGUAAACAAGUUGCAAAAAUAGUUCCUCUGAGCUCAGACAUUGUUACUACAAGACAGAGUUUCUAUGAAUCUGACUCACUUGAUAAGGGUUUGGAACAUAAUUUAGGCUUAAAUAGUUAUGGGAAAGGCUGUAUAAGAGAGAAAAAUUAUGAAUGUAAUGAGUAUGAGAAACCAUUUUACCAUUGCUCGUCCUAUGUCGUAUCCCCAUUAAAGUGUAAUCGGUGUGGACAAGACUUCAGUCAUAAAUUUGACCUCGUAAGACACGAGAGAAUUCAUGCUGGAGAGAAGCCUUAUGAAUGUAAGGAAUGUGGAAAAGCCUUCAGCAGGAAGGAAAAUCUUAUUACACAUCAGAAAAUUCAUACUGGGGAAAAGCCAUAUAAGUGUAAUGAAUGUGGAAAAGCUUUCAUUCAGAUGUCAAACCUUAUUAGACACCAGAGAAUUCAUACUGGUGAGAAACCUUAUGCAUGUAAGGAUUGUUGGAAAGCCUUCAGUCAGAAAUCCAAUCUCAUUGAACAUGAGAGAAUUCACACUGGAGAAAAACCGUAUGACUGCAAGGAAUGUGGGAAAUCCUUCAGCCAGAAGCAAAAUCUUAUUGAACAUGAGAAAAUUCACACUGGGGAGAAACCUUAUGCAUGUAAUGAGUGUGGUAGAGCUUUUUCUCGAAUGUCAUCUGUUACUCUACAUAUGAGAAGUCACACAGGGGAGAAACCAUACAAAUGUAAUAAAUGUGGAAAAGCUUUCUCUCAAUGCUCAGUAUUUAUUAUACAUAUGAGAAGUCACACUGGUGAGAAACCCUAUGUAUGUAGUGAAUGUGGGAAAGCCUUCUCUCAAAGUUCAUCCCUUACUGUACAUAUGAGAAAUCAUACAGCUGAGAAACCAUAUGAAUGUAAUGAAUGUGGGAAAGCCUUCAGCCGGAAAGAAAAUCUUAUUACACAUCAGAAAAUUCAUACUGGAGAGAAACCUUAUGAAUGCAAUGAAUGUGGGAAAGCCUUUAUACAGAUGUCAAACCUCAUUCGACACCAGAGAAUUCAUACUGGUGAGAAACCCUAUGUAUGCACAGUGUGUGGGAAAGCCUUUAGUCAGAAAUCAAAUCUCACUGAACAUCAAAAAAUUCAUACUGGAGAGAAACCCUAUCAUUGUAAUCAAUGUGGAAAAGCUUUUAGUCAGAGACAAAAUCUUCUUGAGCAUGAAAAAAUUCACACUGGAGAGAAACCAUUUAAAUGUAAUGAAUGUGGUAAAGCCUUCUCUCGAAUAUCAUCCCUUACCCUUCAUGUGAGAAGUCAUACAGGGGAGAAACCUUAUGAAUGUAAUAAAUGUGGAAAAGCCUUUUCUCAAUGCUCAUUACUUAUUAUACAUAUGAGAAGUCAUACUGGUGAGAAACCGUUUGAAUGUAAUGAAUGUGGGAAAGCAUUCUCUCAAAGAGCAUCGCUUUCUAUACAUAAGAGAGGUCAUACAGGUGAGAAACGCCAAGUGUACUAA